GCUCUGACAGUGUUGUGAAGGGAGCAGAAGAGGAGAAACCUAAUCUCCGAACCCAACAACACCUAGCAACAGUUGAAAAAACUUUUAAACAAAAGUCUGGGUGGGAGAUAUACAACAACUUCCAAUUUCUGCUGAUCAGGAUUUCAGGGAGAAGAAGCUGCUUUUCCCCCUCUCUACUCUGUUUCCUGCAUGACUUCAGCUAUUGGCUAGUCCUGGGAAAGAAAGUGGGAAAAGCUUUUUCCUCUGUAUUCUUUUGGGCUGGAUAGUUUUUGAGAACUUGAAUCUGUCUUGGGCUGUGAGACAAGCCACUGGGUUCUUCAAAGGAUAAACUACCUACAUAGAGGACAUACCUUUGGUUAAAGGAGCUGCCGUCAGGUGGGAAUGAGAUCUCGAAACCAAGGUGGUGACAGUGCAUCUGAUGGGCAUAUCUCCUGUCCCAAGCCCUCCAUCAUCGGCAAUGCUGGUGAAAAAAGUCUCUCAGAAGAUGCAAAAAAGAAGAAGAAAUCAAGUAGGAAGGAGGAUGAUGUCAUGGCCUCAGGAACUGUCAAACGACACCUAAAAACAUCUGGAGAAAGUGAACGAAAGACUAAGAAAUCCCUGGAGUUAUCCAAAGAAGACCUCAUCCAACUACUCAGUAUAAUGGAAGGGGAGUUGCAGGCUAGAGAAGAUGUGAUCCACAUGCUGAAGACAGAGAAAACCAAGCCUGAGGUUCUGGAGGCUCAUUACGGGUCUGCGGAGCCAGAGAAAGUGCUGCGGGUCCUGCACCGAGAUGCCAUUCUUGCCCAGGAGGAAUCCAUAGGAGAAGAUGUCUAUGAGAAACCGAUUUCAGAGCUGGACAGACUUGAGGAAAAACAGAAAGAAACCUACCGGCGCAUGCUAGAACAGCUGUUGCUGGCCGAGAAGUGUCAUAGGCGCACCGUAUACGAGUUAGAGAACGAGAAGCAUAAACACACUGACUACAUGAACAAGAGCGACGACUUCACCAACCUGCUGGAGCAGGAGCGGGAGAGGUUAAAAAAGCUCCUUGAACAAGAAAAGGCUUAUCAAGCCCGCAAAGAAAAGGAAAAUGCUAAACGACUCAAUAAACUAAGAGAUGAGCUUGUUAAACUCAAGUCCUUUGCACUCAUGCUGGUGGAUGAAAGACAAAUGCACAUUGAACAACUUGGCCUGCAAAGCCAGAAAGUACAGGAUCUUACUCAGAAGCUGAGGGAAGAAGAAGAAAAGCUCAAAGCCAUUACUUCCAAAUCCAAAGAAGACAGACAGAAAUUGCUCAAGUUAGAAGUGGACUUUGAACACAAGGCUUCGAGGUUUUCUCAAGAGCAUGAAGAGAUGAACGCUAAACUGGCUAAUCAAGAGUCUCACAAUAGGCAACUUAGACUCAAGCUAGUUGGCUUAACCCAAAGAAUCGAGGAGCUAGAAGAGACCAACAAAAAUCUGCAGAAGGCAGAAGAAGAACUUCAGGAAUUAAGAGAUAAAAUUGCCAAAGGAGAAUGUGGAAACUCUAGCCUCAUGGCAGAAGUGGAAAAUCUUCGAAAGCGUGUGCUUGAAAUGGAAGGUAAAGAUGAGGAGAUCACUAAAACUGAAUCCCAGUGUAGGGAAUUGAGGAAGAAGCUGCAAGAGGAAGAACACCAUAGUAAGGAGCUCAAACUUGAAGUUGAGAAGCUACAGAAGAGAAUGUCUGAACUAGAGAAAUUGGAAGAAGCAUUUAGCAAGAGUAAAUCUGAGUGCACCCAGCUACAUUUAAAUCUGGAGAAAGAAAAGAACUUAACCAAAGACCUGCUAAAUGAAUUGGAGGUGGUCAAGAGUCGAGUUAAAGAAUUGGAAUGUUCUGAAAGUAGAUUGGAAAAGGCUGAAUUAAGCCUAAAAGAUGAUCUUACAAAGUUGAAGUCAUUUACCGUGAUGCUGGUUGAUGAAAGGAAAAAUAUGAUGGAAAAAAUAAAGCAAGAAGAGAGAAAAGUGGAUGGACUCAAUAAAAAUUUUAAGGUGGAACAAGGAAAAGUUAUGGAUGUAACUGAAAAACUAAUUGAAGAAAGUAAGAAACUUUUAAAACUAAAAUCUGAAAUGGAGGAAAAAGUAUACAACUUGACAAGAGAAAGAGAUGAGUUGAUAGGCAAAUUGAAAAGUGAAGAAGAAAAAUCCUCUGAAUUAAGCUGCAGUGUUGACUUACUGAAGAAGAGACUUGAUGGUAUAGAGGAAGUGGAAAGAGAAAUAACAAGAGGAAGGUCACGAAAAGGGUCUGAGCUCACCUGCCCGGAAGAUAAUAAGAUUAAGGAACUAACACUUGAAAUUGAGAGACUGAAGAAACGUCUCCAACAAUUGGAAGUGGUCGAAGGGGAUUUGAUGAAGACAGAAGAUGAGUAUGAUCAGCUGGAACAGAAAUUUAGAACUGAGCAGGAUAAGGCUAACUUCCUCUCUCAACAACUAGAGGAGAUCAAGCACCAAAUUGCCAAGAAUAAAGCAAUAGAGAAGGGUGAGGUUGUGAGCCAGGAAGCUGAACUGAGACACAGAUUUCGGUUGGAAGAAGCUAAAAGUCGAGACUUAAAAGCCGAAGUACAAGCUCUUAAAGAGAAGAUUCACGAAUUAAUGAACAAAGAAGAUCAGCUUUCUCAGCUCCAGGUAGAUUAUUCUGUACUUCAACAAAGAUUUAUGGAAGAAGAAAAUAAGAACAAAAACAUGGGGCAGGAGGUCCUCAAUCUGACCAAAGAGUUGGAGCUGUCCAAGCGCUACAGCAGAGCUCUUAGGCCCAGUGUGAAUGGAAGAAGAAUGGUGGAUAUUCCUGUGACGUCAACUGGAGUCCAAACUGAUGCAGUCAGCAGUGAAGCAACAGAGGAAGAAACGCCAGCUGUAUUCAUACGGAAAUCCUUCCAGGAAGAAAAUCAUAUUAUGAGUAAUCUUCGGCAGGUGGGAUUGAAGAAACCCAUGGAAAGAUCCUCUGUUCUAGACAGGUAUCCUCCAGCAGCAAAUGAGCUCACUAUGAGAAAGUCUUGGAUUCCAUGGAUGAGAAAGAGGGAAAAUGGCCCCUCAAUCACUCAGGAGAAAGGGCCCCGAACAAAUUCCAGUCCAGGGCACCCAGGAGAGGUAGUCCUUUCACCAAAGCAGGGCCAGCCCCUGCAUAUUCGAGUGACACCAGACCACGAGAACAGCACUGCGACUUUGGAGAUAACAAGCCCGACAUCUGAAGAAUUUUUUUCUAGUACCACCGUCAUUCCUACCUUAGGGAAUCAGAAACCAAGAAUAACCAUUAUUCCAUCACCAAAUGUUAUGCCUCAAAAACAAAAAAGUAGAGAUACUACUCUUGGCCCAGAACGAGCCAUGUCCCCAGUCACAAUUACUACAUUUUCCAGAGAGAAGACUCCAGAAAGUGGAAGAGGCGCAUUUGCAGACAGGCCCACAUCCCCUAUUCAGAUAAUGACAGUGUCUACAUCAGCAGCACCAGCUGAGAUUGCAGUUUCUCCCGAAUCCCAGGAAAUGCCCAUGGGACGGACAAUCCUCAAAGUCACCCCAGAAAAACAGACUGUUCCAACUCCAGUACGGAAAUACAACUCCAAUGCCAAUAUCAUAACCACAGAGGACAAUAAAAUUCACAUUCACUUAGGGUCUCAGUUUAAACGGUCCCCUGGGACUUCGGGUGAAGGAGUCAGUCCAGUUAUUACUGUCCGACCAGUAAACGUGACAGCCGAAAAGGAGGUUUCCACCGGCACUGUCCUUCGCUCUCCCAGGAACCACAUCUCCUCACGGCCUGGUGGAAGCAAAGUGACGAGCACUAUCACCAUAACACCGGUCACAACGUCAUCUGCUCGAGGAACCCAGUCAGUGUCAGGACAAGACGGGUCAUCCCAGCGGCCUACACCCACCCGCAUUCCUAUGUCAAAAGGUAUGAAAGCAGGAAAGCCAGUAGUGGCAGCCCCAGGAGCAGGAAAUCUGACCAAAUUCGAGCCUCGAGCUGAGACUCAGUCUAUGAAAAUAGAGCUGAAGAAAUCUGCAGCCAGCAGCACCACCUCUCUCGGAGGGGGGAAGGGCUGAGGGCAGUGGCUAAGGGGGUAUGUUGUGCAGAUGCUACUGCUGCCGUGAAAGUGAACCUUCAUCUGUUUGUGCCAGUUCUUUACAUGUACUAAUUUAAGUUUUAAAUAUUGUGUUUAUAAAAUAACCAACUAAUAACCAUUUGUCUUUCCUAUUUUGUGCAUUUGUUUUGAUGCUGGGGAACAAAAUUAGCAAAACUAUUGCUUGCUGCCUAGAAGCCAGGGCGUGGUUUCUAGUUCCAGCUUUGCUUCUAGCAAGUAGACCCAUCAAUAGACCCAUCUGAGCCUAUUUCCUCAUCAGUUAGAUGUGGGGACUCAAUCACAUGCUCUUCAAGGCCGGCUCCCAUAUUUCCUGAUUGCAAGCCAAAUUUAAUGUACCUUGUUCCACAAUAAUUUUUUAUUAAAAAAAUCCUAUUACAAAAUAAGACAUACUUUAACUAUUGUCAUUUGCCUCUUUCACAUCAUGAAUUUGCUUUAUGUGCUGGAAAAAACAUCACAUAGCUAUCACAGGGCCUGGACCUCUAAAAUUUUGCAAAAACAAAAGGUUCUAAGAUGAU